UCAAAUUUAAAGAGUUAUGAAAUCCUGAUAAAAAUGUUGCGUGGUAGAGCAUAUUAACGUUACUAAGUGAAUGCAAACAAAAUGUUUAUUACAUUGUCCGCAUCCUGGAAACCUAAAAAUGGAUUUUAACUUAUCUGUUAAGCAGGUUAGCUUAAUAAACAUUAGCUGUGGCACUGUGAGUGAUCUUCCCUCAGGUCAGUGACUAGGGUGUAACAAUAGCUUUGAUCAUGAACAGCUAUCUGUGAUAUACAGCUGUUGAACGGUUUAGGUAACUGACCACCGUUACUCACCGUUCUAUUAAAAUUCUUAUCUGACAAACGUCCCUGCAGACCGUCUGGCCGAACACAAAGGAAAGCCAAAUAAAAAGGAUGGGUAUUCUACAGUCAAAGGAAAAGAGGGAAAAGCAUCUAUUCAAAAAGAAUAUAAAAAAUGAGACCAGAAAAGAGGUAGCAGCUAAAAAUAAGACUGACUUAAACCAUGGCAAAGCAGAUGAUUUAAUGAGAAACCUCAAUAACACUGCCAAUGCUAGUCAAGGACUAGACCCUACUCAACUUAUUAAUCAUCAAAUGGAACCCAGCAGUGGUAAUGAAGUAAUGCCCGCAAGGAUGGACCAAGUUCCUGCUGUUGAUGCCCCAGAAAAAAGAGAGCAUUGCAGGCACAUGGCUAUGAACAUUGCACAGGAUGCUGAGGAUAAACAAAACAGUGUUCCAGUACUCCAACAGGCUGCACCUGCCGGACCAACAGCUGGCCCAUGUUGUGGUGUGAAAAAAACUGAUCUAAGGUUUGACAUCAUACAGCAACUUCGGGAUUUACCUGAAAUAUUAAAUCAGCCGCGGUUAAACCCUCCAGCACAAGUGCUGCAAAAGACAAAGCCUACAGCACCAGUGCAGCAACAGACAAACAGACAGGUGAUGUGUGGCCAUACUCAGCCUGGGGAAACUAGAAAUUUCACACUGUCACAGCAGAGGCCUGCAGCUAAAGAAAGGACAGAGAGAACACUAGAGACGGUAAAGGCUGCAGCACCCUGUGAGGGGGCAUGAGGGUCACUGCAGCCCUGGUUGGAGUGCCGGCACAGGUGCUCUGUAACGACACCUCAACUCAGGUUGGAAGCAGCAUCUUGAGUGAAGAGCAACAAGAGAUGACCACUCAACUUCUCACCUUCAAAAUGCAAGCAGCUGUACAUUGUACAUCCGUAGAGGUGGUCAGAGAGGCACCUGCAGAAAACCAACCAAGCAAAGAAGCAGAAGCACAAGUGAAAGCAAAGACCACCAAAUCACAAGGUCAAAAAUCCAGCUGUGUUUGCUCCAAUGUGAAUGAGGCUAAGGCUGACUUGACCUGCCAUACAUCAGAUAUUGCAAAAGAGCAUGCCACCAAGCCUGCAAAGCCACUCGAGCACUCAACACAAAUGUUAAGUCUGCCAAAAGCUCAAGUCAACAAAAAGAAAAAUGCAUCUCACAAACACUGCUCGGACCAGAAGAGGGUCACCUAUAUAUCUGUGGAGUGUCCAUGUGUGUGUGGGUCCAAAUCAGAAAAAAGCAGAUUAAAGGCUGCCAAAAACAGGCUACGGCAGAAACUUGCAAAGAAAAAAUUAAUGACUCCACCAGGAGAUGGCAGUAAGAGUUUCCAGCAAACGACUGAAGAAACUGCCACCACAGUGCCAGAGAAUUCAAAGCAGCAAGGGUGCACUGCCCAGGAAGAAAACCCAGUCAAGGAACACAAUGAGCCACACCUAAUACCUCUACCCAACAAAGCUUAUGAUGGAAACACUUCACCUUGCAUACAAGAAGUCAAUGUGAAAGCUGCAGCACCACGUGUCCCAGUUGAGGAAAGAAGGCCUACAGCUGCCCCACAUGAUGUUACCACUUAUGAGCAAACAACUGCACCUGCAGACACAAAUGUCAAGUUAAGACUUGAAUGUGAACAUCAGGUUUCUCUACCUCAAGAUAUUGCUGCUAGGCCAAAGAAAAAAUGUGCACGCAAAUUAAAUCAGAACAAACCAAAUACAGGAAAUGUUAUCAUGAAAGAAGAAAUCACUGGGAAGAAUGGUCAGGUUGAAAAAGACAAACAGGAACCAGCCAUUAUCCCUCCAGUGACCCCUGAACACAAAGUCUGUGAUGAUGGACGCUGGCCCCAGUUUACCAUGAAUGAGUCCUGUUCCAGAAAGGCACGCUGUAAACAUAACCCAGGGAAAGGUUUGCAGCCAAACGUCCAAAACUGGUUUGAUGACAACCCAAACAACAUGUGUGAGCCUCCUUGGGUCACCACUAUAAAAUUUGCCACCUACUUGGCACUGAGAGAGAUGGAAGAUGAGGGAGAUGCUCACAAAUGAGAAAAGAUGUACAAAAACUUUACAUUAAUGACUUACUUACAAGGAAAGUUAAGAGUGUAAAAAACUGAAACGCACAGUCAUUCAAAAAGUUUAUUCUUCGAAUCAUUUAUUGCAGACAAAGACUUGCAUUGUAAGAUCAACUGGAUUACAAACCAUCUAGGGAGAUUACCAUUACCAUUUGGAAAACACUCAAACUUUAAAUGGCAA